AUGUCCACUACCACUACUACCACCACCACUGUGCCGCCCGGCCGACUCUUCGCUCACGGCACAGACGUCCACUAUGGCGACUUCCGCGACGACCUCCUAAGAGACGGCGUCGCGGUAGUCAAAAACGCAGUCCCUCGCGAGCGCGCCCUCAAAUACGCAGACGAGAUCCACGAGUGGCUAGAAGGAUUCAACCUAGGCUACAGCCGCAACGACCCAUCCACAAUCCACAAAGACCACCUGCCCGACAUCAACGAGAAGGGAAUGUGUCUCGGCUACGCAGUCUCGCACGAAUCCUUCACAUGGGCCGUCCGUCAAGAACCAGGCGUCGUGCGCGCUUUCGAAGCGGUCUACGACACACCAGACCUCAUCGUCUCGUUCGACUCCGUGAACAUCGGCUUCCCGAACCGGGCGGACGUCAAGCCGAACACCCCGUGGCCGCAUCAGGACCAGGACCCCGCGAAGCCGGGGUUUCGGUGCUUGCAGGGACUGGUGAAUCUGCUGCCGAAUGGGGCUGAUGAUGGCGGGUUGAUUGUGUGCAAGGGGGCGCAUUUGCUGAGUGAGGAGUUUCAUGAGGUGUUUAAGGACGAGGAGCGGAUCUGGUCGUGGACAAAAGAGUGGUACGGCUUCACCGACGCCGGGAGGAAAUGGCUCCAGGAUAAGGGCUGCGAGUGGACCAAGAUCACCGCCGAGCCGGGUGAUCUCUUACUAUGGGACUCGCGCACGCCGCAUUACAACCUCUCGUCCAAGACGUCGCAGCCGAGAUUCUGCGUGUAUACGUGCUACAUGCCGGUGGCAGACGCUAGCGAGGAGCAGCUCCUGACGAAGAAGAUGGCGUUUGAAGAAACUAAAAUGACGACCCAUUGGCCGAAUGCUAUGCAUGUUGUUGAAUUGCCGGUUUAUCGCAACGGGGAGCCGGACCCGUAUAACCGCCACAGUCCACGCAAGCCGGUGCAGCUGUCGGAGAGGGGAUUCAAGUUGACGGGGAUUCCGUACAUCAAGGCAGCUGUAUAG